AUGCAUAUGAUGCGCAAUAUAUUCUCAAUUACUACACCUUUAUCAAAUUAUUUACAAAAUCCUGCCAUCGAUUUCAUUCAAGCAAUACAUUUAAUUAAAGUGACUCGACAACAAAUACAAGAUUUACGAGCAAUGAAAACUGAAUCUGUAUAUGAGAACCUAUUUACAGAAACAAAAUUAUUUUGUGAAGCACAAGACUUAGAGGAACAUGAUUUAGCAGAUGUGCGUACAUCUCGCAAGAAAAAAAUGAGUGGAGAAAUAAGUAGUGAUGAAAGAAUAACUUCAGCAAAUUACCGCUAUGUAUGUGAAGUUUAUAGAUGUUCAUUGGAUGUAAUUUUAUCUAAACUAGAUGAUAGAUUUAGUGGUUCUGAAAAUAUCUUCAAAGAAUUUUCAUUACUACUACCUGAACGCUUAGAGUUAAACAAAGUCUCCCCAAAUAAAUUUGAUUACUUGGUAAACUGUGCUACAGCAAAUUACAUAAAAAUGCAAUCUAAACAUUCUAAACAUACAAUUAAUACAAAUGAUUUAAGUGAUCAAAAUGAUACUGACAGUGAUGAUUCUGAAGAAAUAAUACAUGUUACUGCCAUAUACUCUGCACUGUGUAAAAUGGGAAUGGUGUCAGCUUUUCCAAAUUUAUUCAUGGCUUAUAAGGGGAUUUGUACUUUGCCACCAACAUCAGCAACUGCAGAACGAUGUUUUUCCAAGCUUAAACUCAUUAAAACAAAAUUACGCUCUACUGUUGGAGAAAAAAGGUUGGAUAAUUUAAUGUUAGUUUCUUGUAACCCUGAUAUAGAAGUAUCAAUUGAAGAUGCUAUUAAUAAAUUUGCUUCAACUUCCAGUGUUUUGCAAAAAGCAUUAAUGUAUUGUUAA